CGCAAGCGGAGAACGAAUCGCGAGGCCGCCUUCCGAGCGUGCGCACUAGGUUUGUCGCUGCGAGACUGUUUUCAACAUGGCAGCCACCGGAGUGAAAGACGUUGGUGGCGCAUUUGGCUUACGGUUUGGUGACGCACGCAUUAGGACACAGGAACUUACAGAGGACCGUUGGGAAUCCCGUCUGGAUGCUUCACGAAAGAGACUUGCUUCCAGGAUUGAUGUAGAAGGAAAAGCCACGUGGCCGCCAUGAGCACCGUAGCCAAGACGAGACCCGCAUGGCAUCCGCGAGCGAUACGUCGGCAGAACCGCCACAUCCGGUCGCUCGCAUGGGUCGUGAUGCUUUAAGAUGCCACCGUUCUCUGGUCACUUGCUUCGGGGAACACUUGUAUGGCUGCACAGCAAAGAAAAAAAAAUGACGCUGUAUAUCGGACAAGAUUCACGUUUGAAGGGCUUCUGCGUGUACAAUAACAUGGCAACAGAAACACAAAUAACAUUUCAAUUCGUACUACGGUGGUAGGAAGCACCAUCAAUGGAGAGAGUCACGAUGUUUCCAUUGAAGUUUGCCGCCAAGGUACGCUGACCGAAGGAAAAGGAAAAGCAAGACGUGAACCAUGAUAGUAAGCGUCGACGUGGGCCGAAGUUUUACUAUGUAUACGGGGAAAGACAGACGAAACGUCGUCUUUUCUCAUAGUCAAGUGGUCGUAGCCUCUUGCCGCUACAACAAAUUCCUUGAUACAGACACCACAGAACGAUCCACCGUAGUUGAUAUUACUUUGAUACAGACACCGUGGAAUGAUAUAGCAGUAUAUCCUGGUCUUCCACUUACGUUCUUCCACCGAUUCACAGCUCUCGCUUUCGCAUACCAUGCGUGCGCCACCAUAGGGUCACGUCAGAGGGGCAACAGAAUUCAGCUUUCCCUCUAUUUCAUUUUUUUACCCACGAUGGCUUUGAACGCGAAAAUGAACGAUAUUGUUAAUCAUACAGUGUAGCCAUUCACCUAAGAAAAAUAAUAACAAAACGUGUUAACCCCAAGCGUACCAAAUUGAUAGUAUAGAACCAGAACGAAGUUACCUGGACAGAGUGCACGAAGGGCUAAUCAGUUCCAUGGGCUUACAGCGAGAUGGAGUACGAUGACGCCGUUUUUAGCUCCAACAGGAGAGUCAUGAAAGUGGUACCUUGAUGGACCUGCUUGAAUACACUACUUGUGUUCCGCAACAACAUGUUCCUUUUUUUUUUCAGCCAUUGUUGUUUAGAAGCGUAUACGAAGAGGGGAGUCAAGUCCUGUAGAUCACAUAAACAAAAUACAGAAACCGACACUGAAGAUCUUCCGUGUCGGUUUCUGUAUUUUGUCCAUUGUUGUUUAGUGAAAUGCGUUGGUUCGUUGUACCGUCUCGGUGGUGGUGGUGGUAAUGCUGAAAGGGCUAACCAUUGUCGGCCUCACAGAGGUGGGCAACAUAACGACUAACGCUCCGGGGGAUGUGCGUCUUAGGCCGAAGGAGAACUGUGCCGUCAAAGGGAACUGUGCCGACAUAUGUCUGACGGCGUCUGAGGAAAACCCAGGAAAAACCUCAGAGACCACAGCCAGCACCGGGAUUUCGAGCCCUGAUAUCUCCUAGUCUCGACGUGGCAUGAUGGCCAGCGCGCUACCCACAUAGUCCCAUAGCUUCAUUGCCCCACUUCGGUCGCAACCGUGGUAUGAGCACGUCCACGGUUGACAACCAUGUCCUAUUGCCUCACGUUCGCCACGCGCCACGCUCGUAUUCUACUCGCAGACGACGUUUCAUUGUUCCAUGUUUGUGGACUCUGGUAGUCACUGGUAUAACCAGCCGUUGCUCAUUGAAGGAUCAACUGUCUGUGCAUAAGGCGCAUCUGAAGGAACUGCGGCAAGAAAUAAUGACAGUUGGAACUGUUCGUUCUAAAGAGAGUUUGAGAGCAGAGAAGGCGUGGAAAGAACUUGGGCAUCCUCCACGCGGCCAGGAAGGGAACUUCGUUUCGCGCAACCUCCUGGUAUUCCUCAUGAGUAGCUCAGUGGUAGCGGGGCUCGCUCUCGGCUUUCUCUCUCGUCAAGCUGAAGGCACAUGGACACGUAAACAGAUAUCUUACCUGGGAUUUCCCGGGGAGAUGUUCCGUCGUGUGUCCGAAAUCACAGUCCUUCCAAUGACAACUUUCAUGAUGAUCGGCGCCGUUGGUCGAUGCAGCUCCACCUUCGUUCGACGGCUCUUCUCGAGGGCCCUCAUCUUUCACUUAGCUACGAAGCUGCUAGCCGUCGGUACGGCAUUUCUGGUGGGCUCAAUCCUGUAUCCCGGAAUUCGGACCGAGAACCUGGACCCUCCGCCUCCGAUCACUACGAUUAUUCCAUCCAUGACCAUCGUAGACGGCAUCCUUGACUUGUUCAGGAACUUGGUGCCAGAGAGCUUCGCCGGCGCUUACAUCUUUACGACGUAUACAUCCAUAGAAAUGAAUACAACGAACAGGGAGCAGAAUGCGACACUGGAAACUGCACCGGUAACGAUUCGAAUGGCAGAUCUUUCGAACGACAUGGGGAUCAUAUUCUUCUGCUUCCUCCUCGGCAUGAUCCUGAAUAUGGUGCAUUCAAAAGAGAACAUAUUGCUUCGCCUGUGUAUCGAGUUUGGAAACACACUGCUCACACUCAACAAGUUCCUCGUUUGGUACUACCCUGUGGGCAUCUGUUUUAAGUUAGCCUCACAAACUCUUCGUGCCACUCAGUUCGUCACCCUUAUGUACCAGCUGAGGAACUAUUUCAUGUGUGUGUCCAUCGCUCUGGGCAUUCACGGUUUGAUUACCAUGCCGAUUAUCCUUUUGCUCAGCCGAAAAAAGUACCGAGCCUUCUACUCCGGCAUAGCACUUCCUUUGAUCACAGCCUUCGGCACAAGCUCCAGCAAUGCUUGUAUGGGUACCACCAUCAGCAUGAUGGAGGACAAAAUGGGCAUCAACUCUCGUAUUGUGAAAAUCAUAGUCCCCAUGUUCGCCACCAUCAAUAAGGAUGGCACUGCGAUCUACACCGUUGCGAACGUUCUCUUCUGCGUCAGGAGACACAACCGCGUGGUUCAUAUCUGGCAGAUUCUUUGCGUAACGAUGAUCACUAUUUUGACAACGUCGAGCGUAUCAGCCUUGCCGCACACGACUACGCUGCCCAUAUUAUCCAAUAUGCGCUUCUUGGGUCUGCCGUUCGAGAACCUUGGCUACUUUACGGUUACGGACUGGAUAUUAGACAGACUCGUGACGAUGGUGAACAUUAUGGGUGACGCAGUGUGCUGCAGUGUCCUGGAACGGUUCUGCAAAAGGGACCUCAUCAACCAGCUUGAAGAGGAGCGUGCCAUAGCUUUGUCAAUGCCCACCACAAUUCUGAUGAGUGGUCAACAAGUAUACGAAAUGAUGUCCAAAACUGCAGAAGAGCUGAUGCGGAUUGGGUCCAGCCCUCCCUAAAUGCACCGCGUGCUACCCUCACGCCAAUACAGUUAUUGUGCGAGUGGAAAACGGACCGCUGCAAGACAGUUACCGCAGGACACGAUUAAGCUGUUCUUAGUUUGAAGAUUAAAAUGUAUGUAUGGCAGAAGAA